GAGGCCGCCCCGAGGGGCCGGGCCGGGGCGGGGCGAGGCGGGAAGCGAAAGCGGCGGCGGAGCGGCGAGCGCGGCCAUGGCCACGGCGCCGGCGGGCCCGGAGCUGGAGCCGGAGCCCGAGCCCGAUCGCGGGCGGGCGCCGCCGGCGCUGGACGCGGCGCCCAUGGUGGCGCUCAACUACGGCGUGCGGCGCCGCCUGGGGCUCUACCUCAACCCGCGGGCGGCGGCGGCCGCCGACUGGACGGCGCUGGCCGAGGAGCUGGGCUGCGACUACCUGGAGAUCAAGCGGCUGGAGGCGCUGCCCGACCCCACCGCCGCGCUGCUGGAGGAGUGGCAGCGGCGCUGCCCCGGCGGCGCCACCGUGGGCCGCCUGCUCCGCGUCCUGCGGGCGCUGGACCGCCACGACGUGCUGCUCGACCUGGCCGCCAGCAUCGAAGCGGACUGUAAGAAAUACUUGGAAAGGAAGCAGCAGGAGGCCGACCAGCCACUUCAGGUCCCAGCAGUAGACAGCAGUGUGCCGAAGACGUCAGAACUGCUGGGCAUCACGACCAGAGAUGAUCCACAUGGGAAUGGAACAGAGAUGUUUGAUGCCUUCAUCUGUUACUGUCAGAAGGACCUUCAGUUUGUCCAGGAAAUGAUCAGAGAGCUGGAACAAACAGAGUUCAAACUGAAGCUCUGUGUAUUUGAUCGGGAUGUCUUGCCAGGAACGUGUGUGUGGUCCAUCACUGGAGAACUUAUAGAAAGGAGGUGUCGGAGGAUGGUGGUCGUCAUUUCAGAUGAUUACCUGGAAAGUGAUGAAUGUGAUUUCCAGACCAAAUUUGCUCUUAGUCUUUCCCCAGGUGCUCGUCUCAAACGGCUGAUUCCAGUCAAGUGCAAAACCAUGAAGAACGAGUUUCCAAGUAUCUUACGGUUCAUUACGAUUUGUGAUUACACCAAUCCUUGCACCAAAAAAUGGUUCUGGACAAGACUGGCAAAAUCUCUCUUGCUGCCAUGAUGCAAAGUUAUGAGAGCCAGGUGUUUUGUUUUUUACUUUUUCUUUUUUCUUUUUUUUUUUUAAUCUCUCCUGGCUGUGCCUUCGGACCACGGUGUCAUUCACGCAAUCUUUAACCACUUCAGAACUUCGAAUCUCGCAGUCUGUGUUUGGAGCCCACAACUGGGAGCGAAGCAUUUUCUCUAGCACUUUUUCAUAGCUUGAAAGGGGAAAUAAAGCAAUUGCAUGGGUGUUCCUGUUCAAGUCAAUGAGCAACAGCAUCCGGCACUUUGUGUAGUGAGGACUUUCAUUGAAUAUGUACACUUAAAGGCUGAGUCACUAAUAUGAGAAGGCUCGAUUGUAAACAUUUAGUAAGAUCUGGGAAUAUGAAAUGCUGGUAUAAGACAUGAAAUAAAGCCUCAAACGGCAGGCUUUUUUUUUAAAAAAAACAUGUUAUUUUAAAAGCUGUUUAAUGGAUAUAGAAACAUCUAGGUUGGUUUCAAAUGAGGUUUCAAUCUCAGGCCGUUUCCUACUUGGUGAAUGGCCAGUGCCGUGAGAAUGACCAGUUCUGGGAGCCUUGUCCGCAGAGCCAAGCCUGCUCUGCCCAUGCGUUGCCGGUGAGCUGUGUGUCCUGGCCUGUGCUGCGGCCCUGCUGGUUGGCAGCCCGGGGGAAUUUGCAUUGCCAGUCUCUGGUCUAUGCUUGUUCUUCGGGUAGACGGUCACCUUCAGUUUUCGUUUUUAAAAGAGCAGCAAACGUAUUUUAAUUGUUUAAGCACUAUGAGGAAAAGAAUGGUGCUCACUUUGUUCUUAGCAAUAUCUGCACGAUUGCAAAAUUAGAGAAAUUAUUUUUGCAGUUAUAACUAAUGAAGCAUUACUGAACUCAGUUUGUUCUCUGUUGGAUAUACUUUGCUCCUUAAGUUACAUCCCAAUAUGCCUUUUCUGUGUUCAUUUACAGGGUAAAUCCUGUGCUACUAGCAUUUUCUGAGAUAGUUCCUCAGGUUUACCAUAAGAGAUUAUUUUUUGCUUGUUAAAAGCAAGACCUAUAAGGAAGGAUACGUUCUUGUAGCAUACUUUGUGUUCAGGUCACAUUUAGUUAAUUAGAGGUCUUAUACCAGCAUUUUAUAUUCCCAGAUCUUAUUAAAUAUUUACAAUCGAGCCUUCUUGUAUGAGUGACUCAGUCUUUAAAUGUAUAUUUUUGGUGAAAGUCCUUACUACCCAAAAUGAGGGAUACUGUUGCUGAUUGACUUGAAAAGGAACACAUCUGUGCACUUAGUGGGAUCAGACCUUAAGUUGUUUGAUCUUUAAGAGCCUGCCAAAACCCAGCUUUUGGGAUGCCUCAAAGAUACAGAGAUAAGUAUCAGAUGAAGAGUGCCUUAAAUUAUAGACUGGGCUGCUUAAAAAAUAAGGGGUAAUGUUACUUUAAUAGGAAAGCAUAUUUUAAUUAAGUACCACAAUUAAUCAUUAAUGUACAUUUGUGAAUGCGGCUCAGAACAACAUUGAUACUGCUUUACAUGUUAGACUUUGUCUUGAAUUUUGCAGACUUCAGUGCCACUUCAGUGGCUCUCAUCAGUCUUUGGUGCUUGGAGGUGGAGGGCGAGGGUGCUGCCCAAAGUGGUGUUUUAAAGUGACCUGUUGGUAUAUUAAACAGAUUUUCAGUAUUUACUUUCUAAAUUGGGAAGAGAGGAAUCUUGUUUAUGUAUCUACACUUGCUUGAACUCUAUCAUUUAGUUCAUUUCUUCAGCCACUGACUCAAGUUGAUUUUAUAGCUUAAUGAUUUACAGUUUACAAGAUUGGCCCUCGGUCUUUUAAAGACUUUUUUAAAGCAUUACUAGGGCUGAGUUCUUCAGAUAGAGACUUGUGCACCUAUCCUUCCUCAAGUGAAGCUCAUUCACACAUCUGCCAUUAGUGUCAGGGGCCAUUUUUGGAUAAGCCAAAAAACUGGGCAUGUUUCUGUCCCUUCUGCAAAUAUAACUGCUAUCAUGGUGCUGAGAUAACUUUUGCACCUUUCUGUCUUGCUAGAUCAAGCGAGAAGUCUGUAUGUGCAGGUGGAGAAAAGUUAAGCUGAUGAUGUGCCUCUAAGUCAGUUUAUCUUCACGUGCUGUUGCCGUUGGGCCUCUCCUGCAGAAAUGGAGGCAGCUGCUUGCCUUGGGGUUUCUGCAUAAUUGUUGAAUGUUAAUUAUAUAAUAGUUUCUGGAGGCUGCUUGAUCCCCAGUCACUCCUGGGGCUUGGUGAAUUCUCAUACUAUGGAGUGUCUAUGAACUUUAAUUAUGGGUCAUUACUGGCAGGACUGAAACAGAUUCCUCUUGAUUUAAGAACAGAAAGAACUUGUCCGGUAGCUUAUUAAAGGUGAGAACAAAAACAUGAGGCUCUUUGGUCCAAACGCUAGAGGGAGGCAAUGGUCCAUGCUAUGAGCGUUAGAUUUACAGCUGGUACCGAGCCAAGGCACUAGUUACGCUGCGAGGGGGGAGAACUGAAGCUGCUUGAUGGCGGGGGGAAAGGAGCACUGCAAAGCUGUGCAAGGUUUCAGUCCUGGGGGGAGACAAGGGGAGAGCUUUUUUUUUUCUUUUUCGUCUGCCCCUUGCACCUUCUAAAGCAAAUAUACCUGAAAUAUUUGCCAGUUUUGACGGCAGAUUCAGCCUCAUACAGCGUCUUCUGUAUAUGCGUGCUGAUGUGUGGUUUGGGACUGGGGUUGCAAAAAAUAAUAAUAACAAGAAUAAUAACGAUUACCUUAAUAAUAGAUGAUGUGGUGAUUGGUGGACAGAAAAAAAGCACUGCUGCUGGAAGGGAAAUGAAGAACAAGAUCUUAAUUUCUAAAUCUGAAUUCCACUAGAUAAACGUGAUAUUCAGAAUAAUUCUAAAAGAUGUCAGUACUCAGGCUGGAUCGUAUUAUCACCUAACUUUCUGUGCCUCGGUUCUCCCAUCUGUCAAUCUUGGAUGCAGUGCAAAUAUUACUAUUAAUGGAAUGUUACUUUCUUAGAAGCAGUCAAAAAUUGUCUUGCCUGCUAAAAUUAUUUUUGGGUAAAGAGAAAUAACAGCCCUAAAGUUAUAAAAUACAUGUUUAAAAUAUACAGCCUUUUACUAUAAAAUCAAGUUUAUGCACUUCUGACAUUGUCAUAUCUGUUUUGUCAUGGUGACUUUAUUAAGUAUGACAUCUAUGAAUGACAUAAAAUCCAGUUAUUGUAAAGACAUUUCCGUUGCAAUCAUGGGGUUCUCUUUUCCCCUCCUCACACAUAGUGGAAGGUCAAAUAUUGAACACCUUUAAAAAAAGGACUUACAAAUCAUGAUGUUACAUUGUUUCCAUUUUGUUUCUUUCCCUCACUGAAAUUGUUGUAAUUGAAUCUGUUAGUACCAAAUCAUUUAUUUUUAUAUAUAUAUAAAUAUAUAUAUAUUUAUAUUACUUUUUAUCCUGAUAUGAAUAUCUGGAAAAGCAUACAUGUUGUAUAGCCAUUCUGAAAAUAGUCAAUUAUUCUGUGUUUUUUCUUCCUGCUUAAAACCAAACUAUUGCUACUUGUGAAAACACAGUAGAAUAAAGAUGAAAAAUCCCA